CCCGUCUUUAGGUCAUCUAUUAGUUUGCCUAGGAUGUGGAACGAGGUGGUGCUCGCUCGGCUAUCUCUCGCCUAGGGCACGGCGAUCUCAGCCACGGCGGGGCGCCCAAGUGCCAGCAUUCUAGCUGGAUCUGGCCUCUCUAGAUCAGCUGCCUCUAGGUCUCUCUCCCACUGGAAUGCCGUCUCCUAGGGCAGCAGCGGCGGAUUGUCUCGGCGCGUUGUAGCGAGUGGGAGGGUCGAUCGAGCAUUCUUCUCCGCCAUGGCUAAGGACCAGAGUGAUGUGCGCCGGCACUUGGACCAUUCCUCGCGGAGGCAAAGCAGCACCGAGCGCUCGCCUCUCCACCCGCAAGUAAGAAACCACAGCAGCAGCAAUAGAACGUCGACAGGAUCUCCUGCAUGGGAGAAGAAGAACGAAGGUGGCAAUAACUUUGCGCCCUCCACACCCGGGCGGAGUCGAAUGAGAGCCAAUCCCAUGCAGGAAGACCAGGAGAAGGGACAGGGGCCACCGCUACCAAAAUUCGGUGCCUGGGAUCCAAAAGAUCCCUCCUCGGCCGAUGGAUUCACCAUCAUCUUCAACAAAGCCAGAGACGAGAAGCGAGCCGGAUCCGGUGGCCGACCGGCGUCCCCCGUGAAGAACGACAGCGAGCUGUACAAGAACAAUCCGGACCGGUCCUCGUCCAAUAAGAAAUGGUAUUGCUGCUUCGGAGCCGCGGAAACGUGAUCGAAGGAAAACUUCUCUAGGUAGUAACAGGGAUCGACGACGACGACAAACUUUGGUGAUUUGAUGAUGCUUGGCACCAUCGUUUUGGCUACAGGACAUCAGGUGGUACCUUUGUGAUACUGUCUGGUCUGUGUAGCUUCUAUGGGCUUUGUAUAUUCUCGUCGCUAACGAGCUCUAUCUUGUGCUCAUGCUUUUUUUUACUUCCCUA